AUGGAGGCGGAGACCGAGAUGGAAACCGAGGUGGGGAACGAGAUGGAGGCUGAGACCAGGACGGGGACCGAGACUGAGAUAGGGACCGAAAUGGAAACGGAGACGGAGAAAGGGUCGGGGACCGAGUCAGGGACCGAGAUGGAAACGGAGACGGAGAAAGGGUCGGGGACCGAGUCAGGGACCGAGAUGGAAACGGAGACGGAGAAAGGGUCGGGGACCGAGUCAGGGACCGAGAUGGAAACGGAGACGGAGAAAGGGUCAGGGACCGAAAUGGAAACGGAGACGGAGAAAGGGUCGGGGACCGAGUCAGGGACCGAGAUGGAAACGGAGACGGAGGAAGGGUCGGGGACCGAGUCAGGGACCGAGAUGGAAACGGAGACGGAGAAAGGGUCAGGGACCGAGAUGGAAACGGAGACGGAGAAAGGGUCGGGGACCGAGUCAGGGACCGAGAUGGAAACGGAGACGGAGAAAGGGUCGGGGACCGAGUCAGGGACCGAGAUGGAAACGGAGACGGAGAAAGGGUCGGGGACCGAGUCAGGAACCGAGUCAGGGACCGAGAUGGAAACGGAGACGGAGAAUGGGUCGGGGACCGAGUCAGGGACCGAGAUGGAGACGGAGAUGGACACCGGGUCGGGGACCGAUCCAGGGACCGAGAUGGAAACGGAGACGGACACCGAGCCAGGGACCGAAAUGGAAACGGAGACGGAGACUGAGUCAUGGACCGAGAUGGAAACGGAAACGGAGACGGAGACCGGGACGGAGACCGUAUCAGGAUGCUAUAAAAUAGGCCUUAACUUCAUACAAUUUAAAAUGAAAGUAUAA